AUGUGGCUGCAAUUGCAUGGAAGAUUAUUAACAGCUGAUAAACUGAUGCAAUGGGGUAUAACUGUGGAUUCAAGGUGCUGUUUAUGUCAAAACCAUGAUGAAACUGAGGAACAUUUGUUUGUGGAAUGUCAAUUUCCAAAGGCAGUAUGGCAGAAAAUUCUUCAUUGGAUGCAAAGACAAGAUGUAGUUAGAGACUACUGGGAUCAACAUGUGCAGUGGGUGAUACAAUGUGCUAAAGGCAGGUCUCGUGGAGCUCAAUUAUAUAAGAUGGUAUAUGCUGAGAUAACUCAUGUCAUGUGGAUCGAAAGGAACAUGAAAAUAUUUGAAAAGAGAAGCAGAGGAGUUGAUAGUAUUGCACAAGAGUUACCAAAAAAAAUAGAUGGACCAGCACUUCCUAGCCUUAUUCCUUUCAAUUGCUCACGUUCGUCAGCUGACGUAAGCAACGCUGAUAGUCCUUCCACACAAAUCAGAAACAGGAAAGGUGAAGUGUAUCAAUUUGUCUCAAUCAUCUAG